AUGGCAUAUGACCGCUAUAUAGCUAUCCGUCAGCCACUGCGUUACCCCACCCUGAUGAGAAUGCAGGUGUGCAUGCAGAUGGCUGGGGCCUGCUGGAUUGGGGCAUUCUUUAAUGCUGUGGUGUUGACAGCAGUCAUGACAUCUUUCCCUUUCUGUGGACCCAAUGUGAUCAACCAUUUCUACUGUGAGUUGCCACCUAUGCUACAGCUAGCCUGCAUGGACACAUACAUGGUGGAGGUUCUCAUCUUUGCCCUCAGCGUUAUUGUCCUUAUGUUGCCUUUCACCUUCAUAGUGAUCUCCUAUAUACAGAUUGCUCAGGUGGUAUUCAGCAUGAGUUCAGCCAAAGGACGCCAACGGGCAUUUUCUACCUGUGCCACACAUCUCACUAUCGUCACAUUGUUCUAUACUACCAUUGGCUUCACUCACUUGCAGCCCCGAUCCAACCGUGCUUCAGAUCAGGAGAAGAGAGCUUCAGUCUUCUAUGCAUUGGUCUCCCCAAUGCUAAACCCUGUCAUCUACAGCUUAAGGAAUAAGGAUGUUAAAGGGGCUUUGUCUAAAGUGAUGGGGAAAGCUGCUUAA